CCUGUCAGCGCCGAAUGACUAUGGACCUACACAAGAAUUAAUUUUUGACAAUGAUCACUCUGCCUUGAGGAAUGUUCACCCUCACGGAAGUUGCCUCUUUGAAUGACGUCCAGCCAACCUAUCGAAUUCUGAAACCAUGGUGGGAUGUCUUUAUGGAUUACCUAGCAAUUGUCAUGCUGAUGCUGGCAAUUUUUGCUGGGACUAUGCAGUUAACCAAAGACCAAGUGGUUUGCCUUCCUGAUCUAGAAGACCCAGUUACAGCCCCACCAACAGGGCCACCAGAGACUACUUCUACAGAUGCAGGAGGAAAUCGGGUUACACUGGCAGCUGCACCUUUGAUCAAGAAAGACCUACCUGACAGUGUGGUCCACCAAAUUGAGUUUGCACACUCAGCUGCCAUCAGACACCCUCAGCCCACAGGACUUAAAACAAAUCUGGACUUUCAGCAGUAUGUCUUUGUUAAUCAGAUGUGUUACCAUGUUGCCCUUCCCUGGUACUCAAAGUACUUUCCAUACCUCGCUCUUAUUCACACCAUUGUUCUCAUGGUCAGUAGCAACUUCUGGUUCAAAUAUCCAAAGACAAGCUCAAAAAUUGAGCAUUUUGUUUCAAUUCUGGGAAAGUGUUUUGAGUCACCAUGGACCACCAAGGCUUUGUCCGAGACUGCAUGUGAGGACUCAGAGGAGAACAAGCAGAGGCUCACAGGGGCCUCCUCAUUACCAAAGCAUUUAUCCACCAGCAGUGAAGAGGGAAGUCCCAACCAAUCCACACCCAUGCUUGCAAAAUCUGGAGUGAAGUUCUCUGCUGAGAAGCCUGUUAUUGAAGUUCCAAGCAUGACCAUCCUAGAUAAGAAAGAUGGGGAGCAGGCCAAGGCUCUUUUUGAGAAGGUUAGAAAGUUCCGUGCACAUGUUGAGGACAGUGACUUAAUCUAUAAGCUCUAUGUGGCCCAGACAGUAAUUAAGACAUUCAAGUUCAUUCUUAUCCUGUGCUAUACAACAACAUUUGUUGCCUCCAUACAUUUUGAGCAUGACUGUAAGCCAGAUAUAAAACACCUAACUGGAUACUCUGAUUUUAGAUGUACCCAUAACAUGGCAUUCAUGCUGAGGAAACUGCUUGUGAGUUACAUUGCUCUUAUAUGUGUCUAUGGCCUGGUAUGCAUAUACACUCUGUACUGGCUCUUUAGAGGGUCUCUUAAAGAGUAUUCCUUUGAGAAGGUCAGAGAGGAAAGCAGCUUCAGUGAUAUUCCUGAUGUGAAGAAUGACUUUGCUUUCCUCUUACAUAUGGUGGACCAGUAUGACCAGUUGUACUCUAAACGGUUCGGUGUCUUUCUGUCUGAGGUCAGUGAGAAUAAGCUGCGUGAAAUUAGCUUAAACCAUGAAUGGACAUAUGAGAAACUGCGGCAGCAUGUGACUCGCAAUGCCCAAGACAAGCUGGAGCUCCACCUAUUCAUGCUCUCUGGUGUUCCUGAUGCAGUCUUUGACCUCACUGACCUUGAGAUCCUUAAGUUGGAACUCAUUCCUGAAGCAAGGAUCACAGCAAAGAUAUCCCAGAUGAUCAAUCUUCAGGAGCUGCACUUCUACCACUGCCCUGCCAAAGUUGAGCAGACGGCUUUCAGUUUCCUUCGUGAUCACCUCCGGUGCCUUCAUGUGAAAUUUACAGAUGUUGCAGAAAUUCCCACUUGGGUUUAUCUAUUGAAGAACCUGAGAGAGCUGUAUUUGGUUGGAAAUUUGAAUUCAGAGAAUAACAAAAUGAUAGGUUUGGAGUCCCUCAGAGACCUAAGACAUCUGAAGAUUUUACAUCUUAAAAGCAACCUCACAAAGGUCCCAACUAAUAUCACGGACUUAUCUCCACAUCUGGUCAAACUUGUGGUACAUAAUGAUGGUACUAAACUCCUGGUUCUGAACAGUUUGAAAAAGAUGAUGAACCUUGCAGAACUGGAACUUCACAAUUGUGAACUUGAAAGGAUCCCACAUGCCAUUUUUAGCUUGACUAACCUGCAGGAACUAGACCUGAAAUCCAACCACAUUCGCACUAUUGAGGAGGUUAUCAGCUUCCAACACCUCAAAAGGUUAACCUGCCUCAAACUGUGGCACAAUAAAAUUAUCAGCAUUCCCCUGUCCAUAAGCCAUGUCAAAAACCUGGAGUCACUCUAUCUUUCCCACAAUAAGCUGGAAUCUCUGCCCACCCCUCUAUUCAACCUUCUAAAGCUGAGGUAUCUGGAUGUCAGUCACAAUUCCAUAACGGUGAUUCCACUGGAAGUGGGGUUCCUGCAGAACCUCCAGUAUUUUGCCAUUACGGCAAACAAAGUAGAGGUGGUCCCUAAACAGCUUUUUAAAUGCACUAAACUGAGAACUCUGUGUCUGGGGCAAAACUGUAUCUCCAGUCUGCCAGAGAAAGUUGGUCAGUUGGUGCAAUUGACCCACCUUGAGCUGAAGGGAAACUGUUUGGAUCGUUUGCCAGCCCAACUUGGCCAGUGUCGCCUCCUACGACGAAAUGGCCUUAUUGUGGAGGACCACCUCUUUGACUCACUGCCACUAGAGGUCAAAGAAAGCAUCAAUCAGGAAUCAAAUGUUACCUAUGCUAACGGUGUUUGAUUGUGGAAUGGA